UGGUCGAGGCACACGUUUCCCCGGCUGAUGAAAAUUACUGUAAUUGUUUGGAUAAACCAGAAAUUUAAUUGAACCGCGGUUACAGAAGCUGACGAAAUACGAAUGCAUUUAGUGAAAUCAGCCACGUCGCCAAUCUAUAGAACUCUGCGAACUCUAACGACGAGUAAUUCGAUGGCGGCCACAUUAGCCUCGGCCAAAGAUCCGCUAACAGGACCUCGGUACGAGCGGGAACCCAAUGUCCUGAGGAAAAAACUGGCAUCCGUGGUGCCGGGAACCGUUAAUCUCCAGAUUUUGGGCUCCGGAGCCAACGGAGCACCUUCAGCUGUUUAUCUGUUUACGGACCAAGCGCGUUAUCUCUUCAAUUGCGGCGAGGGAACUCAGAGAUUGGCUCAUGAGCACAAAACGCGGCUCUCCCGCCUGGAGCAAAUCUUCCUAACCCAAAACACUUGGGCCUCCUGUGGAGGAUUACCCGGACUUACCCUGACCAUUCAAGAUGCUGGAGUGCGCGACUUGGGGCUCCAUGGUCCACCUCAUCUGGGACCCAUGUUGCAGUCCAUGCGACGCUUCGUGGUGCUCAAGAAUCUCCAGGUGCGACCAAUCGAUUGCUCGGAAGGCGCUUGUUUUGAGGACUCCAUCCUGAAAGUGGAUUCUUUACCGUUAAUAAGUUCAGAAGAUCAAAAGAAAUCUGUAGUUAACUACAUUUGUCAGCUGAAACCAAGAGCUGGUGCUCUUAACCUGGUCAAGUGCGUGGAAAGGGGUUUGAAGCCAGGACCUCUCCUUGGACAGCUCAAAAAUGGACAGGAUGUAACCCUGCCCGAUGGCACAAUAGUUCGUUCAGCUGAUGUCACUGAGGCCAGUGAAACGGCUCUGUCCUUUGUUUUCUUGGACGUUCCCACUGAGGAUUAUCUACCAGGACUAUUGGCACAUGCGAAACGACUCAAGAGCUUGGGCGAGGAGAAGCUUACCCAAGUGGCCUUGGUAAUUCACUUCACGCCUCACCAAAUAGCUUCCCGGCAGGACUACAAGGAUUUCCUGGUGGAGAAUUUCUCGCCGGGCACCGAGCACAUCCACUUGAGCUCUCCGCUAAACCAAUUUUCUGGCUAUGCGGCUGCCCAUCGCAUUCAGCACCAGUUGAAUCAGCUGGCUCCGCAAGUCUUUCCACUGCUGGGGGAGCAGAUUUCAUGUCCAAGCCAGAGUUUAAGCCUGAAUCUUAAGAAAACCAAGCUGGAAGAGACCGAUGCUGACGCGAAAAAGGAUGAGAAGUCUAGUGAAGAAGGAGAACAGGGUGUGGUAGCCAUGACCAGCUUUCAUUUAAGGCCAAGAAAGGGUCUGGAUCGCACUCUGGAAUCCAAGCUCACGCCGGAGGAAUAUAUUAAGGAAACUCACGCUGUGCCAGGCUUCACAGAACUGUUGGCCAAAUAUAAAGAAGAUUACAGUUUCCCCGUCAACUCCGCUGACAGCUUCCCAAAGAUUAUUUUCCUGGGCACCGGCUCUUGCAUUCCCAAUAAGACACGCAACGUCAGCUCCAUUUUGAUCAAGACUGCGGUUGAUGCCUACGUGCUAUUGGAUUGUGGAGAAGGCACAUACGGCCAGAUUGUGCGGCUCUAUGGAAUCGAACAGGGGCAGAAGAUUCUGCGACAACUUCAGGCGAUUUAUGUGUCACAUCUGCAUGCUGAUCAUCACAUUGGAUUAAUUGGUCUACUUCGGGAAAGGAGGCAACUGGAACCGAAGGCAGGGCCACUCAUUCUACUGGCUCCUCGACAAAUCGAGCCUUGGCUGGAGUUCUACAAUCGCGAAAUCGAAACAAUUGACGACGCGUAUACUCUAGUGGCCAAUGCCGAACUUCUGGCUAACCCGUUAACGGGGGAUAAAGUUGAACCUUUGGGAAUCACAGCCAUAUCCAGCUGUCUGGUCAGGCACUGCCCCAACUCGUUUGGAAUAAGUCUAACUCUAGCAGCCAAGCACGAAGAUGAGCCAGUGAAGAUUACUUACAGUGGUGAUACAAUGCCCUGUCAGGACUUGGUCGAUCUGGGACGCGAUUCCACCGUGCUAAUCCACGAGGCAACAAUGGAGGAUGAUCUGGAGGAGGAGGCACGAUUGAAAACGCACAGCACAGUGUCGCAGGCGAUACAGCAGGGUCGAAAUAUGGAUGCUCGCCACACCAUUCUCACCCACUUUUCACAGCGUUACGCUAAAUGUCCGAGGUUACCAAGUGACGAGGACAUGCAGCGCGUGGCAAUAGCCUUCGACAACAUGGAAGUGACUCUUGAGGAUUUGCAGCACUACCACAAACUUUAUCCCGCUCUGCUGGCCAUGUACGCCGAAUACACUGAGGAGCUGGAGCAGCGAGCGGUCAAACGGGAACUUAAACAGGAGCGGAAACGCAAAUUGGUACAAACGUGAUUGGCAGCUGGUUAAGCGAGGAAGGAGCAGGUUAAUUUAUUUCGGAAGCUACUGUUAAUCUAGUAUUAGGGAAAAGUGGUUUAUUUAAGUUAAUUUGUUAUGCCUUGGACCCAUUAAAUGUACUCAUAAGCAAAGUAAAAACAUAUAUAUUUUAUAUAAAACAUUUACUACUGCGAAAAGGUUUGCUUUUAGCUUUUAAGCAUUUAAUGUUAACUAAUAUGUUGAGGUAUAGGUUUUAUAACUCAUUAUCAUAAAAUUUAUUUCCGAAACUUUAUUUGUUUUCCCAUAAAUCCAAUAAAACGAAUACCAUCCUCA